CAACCACCUCCGUAGCUUGCUAGCCAACAUAGCCGAAAGAUUCAAGCCAUUUAUACGCUUUCGGUCUAUAUUUGCUGCUGUGUUUUAGACACACUUCUGUCGUAUCUACUUGUUUACCUAUUUAAUUUAAUAUUACGUUAUUUUGUAUUAGUCAGAUAUAGCAGCUGGCUGGUUAAGUUAGCACUAGACUAGUCGCUAAUGAUAGAUAGCUAGCUAACAUCUCCGAACAUGAGCUCCCUAAACUACUCCCCUCCUGUUAAAGAAGAGGUCUGCUGGAUGGAGAAAGAAGCUCUGGGGCUGAACAUUGUCGUGAAAGAGGAGACUGAAGAGGAGGCUGUCACAGUAAAACAAGAAGUUGGGGGUGAGGCUGUUACAGUGAAAGAAGAGAAAGACGUUUCAGUGAAAGAAGAGAAAGACUCGUUCAGAGUGAACGAGGAGGAGGAUGUCACAGUAAAACAAGAGGAAGGGAAAGAGGAUGUAGUUUUUGGAGUGAAGAUGGAAGGGGAGAUUACUGUCACAUUGAAAGAUGAGGAGGUGGAGAUAGAUCUGAUUAACACCAGAGAGAAACCAGACUCUGACAGCGGGGAGAGUCCUUCAGGGGAACCAGACCCAGAGAUGCCCAAACCAGCGAGACAACACCACUGCUCUCACUGUGUUAAGAGUUUUUGCUGGUCAGGGAACCUAAAACUGCAUGAAAGAACACACACAGGAGAAAAGCCUUUCCAAUGUUCCCAGUGUGGAAAGAGUUUUACCAUGUUAGCUAACCUGAAAAGGCAUGAGAGAAUACACACAGGAGAAAAGCCUUAUCACUGUUCCCACUGUCCCAUGAGGUUUACUCAGACAGGGCACCUAAAAGCUCAUGAGAGGAUACACACAGGAGAAAAGCCUUUCCAAUGUUCCCAGUGUGGAAAAAGUUUUACUAAGAAAGGGCAAUUGAAAGAGCAUGAGAGAAUACACAAAGGAGAAAAGCCAUUCCAAUGUUCCCAUUGUGGAAAGAGUUUUACUCUAAUAGGAAACCUAAAAAAACAUGCGAGACUACACACCGGAGAAAUGCCUUUCCAAUGUUCCCAGUGUGAAAAGAGUUUUGCCGUGUUAGCUAACCUGAAAAGGCAUGAGAGAAUACACACUGGAGAAAAGCCCUACCACUGUUCCCACUGUGAAAAGAGGUUUAUUCAGUUAGGGGACCUAAAAGCUCAUGAGAGGAUACACACAGGAGAAAAACCUUAUCACUGUUCCCACUGUGAAAAGAGUUUUAUUCAUGUAGGGUACCUAAAAGCUCAUGAGAGGACACACACAGGAGAAAAGCCUUUCCAAUGUUCCCAUUGUGAAAAGACUUUUACCAUUUUAGCUAACCUAAAAAGGCAUGAUAGAAUACACACUGGAGAAAAGCCUUAUCACUGUUCCCACUGUGGGAUGAGUUUUACUCAGACAGGGCACCUAAAAGCUCAUGAGAGGAUACACACAGGAGAAAAGCCAUUCCAUUGUUCCCAUUGUGGAAAGAGUUUUACUAAGAAAGGGCCGUUAAAAGAGCACGAGAGAAUACACACAGGAGAAAAGCCUUUCCAAUGCCCCCAGUGUGGAAAGAGUUUUCCCUGUUUAAGGAGCCUGAAGGAGCAUAAGAAGACACACACCAAAAAAGCCCUACCACUGCUCUCUCUCUGUGUGGAAGGACAUUUUCCCAGUCACAGAACCUGAAAUCACAUGAGACAAUAAAGGUGCUGUGAUCUGACUUUUUUUUUUGACUGAGAAUUUGUGUUUUUGUUUAUGCCACAUGAAAUCAUAUUAUUUAUGAUUAUACCUGUCUAUAUAAGGUCCUACAGUUGACAAUGCACGUCAGAGCAAACGCCAAGCAAUGAGGUCGAAGAAAUUGUCCGUAGAGCUCCAAGACAGGAUUGUGUUGAGGGACAGAUAUGGGGAAGGGUACCAAAUAAUAUCUGUAGCAUUGGAUGUCCCCAAGAACACAGUGGUCACCAUCAUUCUUUGAUUGAAGAAGUUUGGUACCACCAAGACUCACACGGCCAAACUGAGCAAUUGGGGGAGAAGGGCCUAGUCUGGGAGGUGAUCAAGAACCCGAUGGUCACUCUGAUAGAGCUACAGA